AUGAAGUUCACCACCGCCGCUGUCGUCGCCGCUGCUGCCGGCCUCGCCACUGCUCUCCCUGCCGACGCCAAGAUCAAGGACGGCGAUGUUUUCACAAUCCAAACCAUCCGCUCCGGCAGCGACCUACAGUACAACACUUGGAAAGCUGUCCAGAACUCUUUGGUGAUCAACGCAGGCGAACAGAACGCCGCUUGCGGCCCGGAGCCCCACAACUACGCUUCCUUCCAGCUCAACAACGGCACCCUCUACCUCUACACUGCCAACCCUCCCCAGCAGUUGUUCGUUGACAGGUCCGGCAUGGGUCAGGGUGUUAUCCAGUACACCACUGGCGCGCAAGGCAUGGCCAGGAACGGAGAGAGGCGAACCUUCGCCGUCAACGACGACGGCAACCUCGUCUUCAGGGACCAGACUGGUCAGGAGAUCGGCUUCCAAGCUUGCAAGCCUUCUCUUGAUGGCGGCUACUCUGUCUGGCUGGACAUUGUUACCAACCCUGCUGGAGCUGAUGAGUGCCUUGGCUUCACCGCUCGUGCCAUCAAGGAGGAAAACCCUGUCAAGUGCCUUUACACUACCAACCCAUAA